AUGUCAGAAUCUCGCCCAGAUCGACCAGAGACACAGCCGAGACUCCCCAAGACGCUCUUCCCCCACCAACCCCCCGCCGCCGCAAGUUCCUCCACAUCGCCAAAAGAUGGCGAUGUACCCGCAGGCAUGACCAAACUGCCCAACGGGGUGAUACUAGACAAGGAUGGGAAACCAUGCCGUCUCUGCACCUCCGCCGCAUCCUGGCGCGCAUUGACAAAGCAAGCCAAAAGCCAAACCGCAGCUGGAACCGCCCCAGCAACUGCCACACCAACACACCCCUCCAACGCCUCCAUACCCGCCCCUGCCCCUUCACCAAUGCAAACAGAAUGCCCCCCAGACGUCGAGGAACUGGGCCGCUCAACCUGGACGUUCUUGCACUCCCUGACGGCCGCAUACCCCGCCAAGGCCUCGCCAGAGCAGCAGACUGAGAUGCGGACGUUCCUGAAGCUUUUCUCCCGGUUGUAUCCCUGCUGGGUGUGUGCGGAGGACUUCCGGACGUGGAUGGCGGAGCCCAGUGGUCGUAAUGCGCCGCGGUUAUCGGGACGAUCGGAUUUCGGGACGUGGAUGUGCGAGGCACACAAUGAGGUGAACCGGAAGCUGGGGAAGAAGGAAUUUGACUGCCGGUUCUGGGAGGAGAGGUGGAGGACUGGUUGGAAGGAUGGGAGAUGCGACUGA